UCCGUCCAUUGAUUAUUUUGAAAACAAGUCGAAUCAAGGAGAGUUGUAAGGUGUUUUGUCACCUAUUCAUGACGGCUUAUCAUAUCAAAAGAUAAAAGUAAUUGCAGACCGCAAAGCUAUUUCACAUAUUAAUGAUCAAUUUGCUAAUCUUCCACGAAAAAUGAGGCGUCUCCUCUGCUAAAAACAUGUAUUAUCAGACAAAAUAAAACGCCGCCUGGUUUGAAUUAACGAAUAGAACAUGGAGUUGGAUGAGAUAAGUACAAUGAUGUCAUUCACAACGGUGGAGCCGGAGGUCAGCACCAACUCCUCGUACGGAGAAGACUCAAAUAUUCUGCAAAAAUUCGAUAACAUAGAAUGGGACUCGACUAUGUUCCUGUUCUUGACCUCUCUCGUCGUGGGGUCUUUUUGGGUCAUCACCAGCACAUAUUUCAUCUCAAGGAUAAUCGGAUACAUCCUAACAAAAAUUCUGAAUCGAUUUGUAAAGACCGGCUUCAUGCAAGUUGGAUCUUUUACCUUCAAUGCCUUAAGUGGCAAAGUGAUGUUUCGAGAUUUGGCAUACAUCACAAACGACUAUUCAGUGCGUGUGCAGGAUGGAUACAUCAUUUUUAGAUGGUGGCGUGCCUACGUUCCCAAAGAUGUGACUGAAGAUCUGUCACAUUCGGACACAAGACUAUCUGUGGUGUUGAACGGCUUGGAAAUUCAUCAGUACAAUCGAUCCCAGCUUUACUCGAGACUUGAGCAAAUAUUUGAGAUUGAUCCUCAGCUGAUGAAAGGCUUUGAGGAAAAGAGUGAGCUGGAUGCAGUAGCUAAAGAAAAAACAGACACAAGAGCUUCUCGUAAGGCGCCCAAAAGCCCUGGAAAACUCUACACUUGGAGAGAUUUAAUUCCUGUAGUGAAAGUUGAUGUUUUCUCUGGGCGUAUGGUGUUCGGAAACCGCUUAGUACCAACAACUUUGUCUGUCAAUAUAGAGGAAGCUCAUUUUGUUUACUCCACUAAGCCAGCUGCCUCCAGGCUUGACCACUUUAUGCAUUUCAUCAAAUGCAAAGCGGAAAAUUUCAAGGUUAUUCUUGUACCAAGUCCAAAGUAUACAGGCAUGGUAGAUGACCCACCACGCUACAUGGGCGAGGGAUUUGUAAUCCUGUCGUCAAACAACGUAGAGCUCUACUAUUAUAUGGAUGAACCAGGAUUUGUCCCCGAGGAACCUUUGAUGCUUCAGCUUGCAAAUGGAGAUAUAGUGGAGUCGGCGCCACCCAUUUGGGGCUUAGACAUAAAAUGUGGUAGAGGCACAGACUUCAGUUACGGACCAUGGGCGGACAGGCAAAGGGACAAUUUGUUCCGAUUCUUUUUCCCCAACGAGUACCAGCCCAUGAAACCAAGCAAGCCACCAUUGCCAGGCGAAAAAAGAGUGGUUCAGUCUUUUGACAUCAGGCUGAGCACCUUGCAUGAGUCAACCAUUGAUAUUUUGUUCUCGAAAAAUAGAGAGACAAAUGCUGUUCAUAUCAAUAUUGGCCAAGGGUCAUACUUGGAAGUGACCAUUCCAUGGGUUGUCUUGGAGGACGGCUACACCACGAAAGUGACGGGCCAGUUACUCCAUCUAGAAGCAUCUACUAGUCUACAAUACCGGAGUCUUGUUGAAAGUGAGACGUUGGAGUUUAAAGUUGUUUGUCAUUUCCCCAUUCACUGGAAUGAGCAUCAGGAUUGGUCACUUUCCCUGACUGGCUGCAAAGCCACAAUCAACUUUAUUUACUCGCACAUACAUUUCUUUAAAGAUAUGGUAAACGACUGGUCAAGCAAAGCGCGUCCGGACAUACUCCACUUUGUUCCUUACACUUGGAAGAUUCUCUUGAUUUUAAAAGACUUUGAAUUGAUUACUAUUAGCAAUGAAUAUAACUGGAUAGACUGCUCAUCCCAGAAUCAAGAAAAUGCUCAUGUGGCCUUUUGCGGAGAUUUAUUCGAUAUGUCCUUCGAGUUGUCCUUUGUUGACUUCCUUCCUCCCACAUUGCCGCUGAAGUUCUGGAUUCAGGGUGAAUGUGUUGAUAUGGCGCUGUACCUUCCAGAAGUCCAUUCUAGCCGACCUAUUAUUAUGGCCCUUGAUAGAAAUGCAAAAAUCAUGGGCAGGGACGACAAGAAAAACGAGAAGAUAAAGCGAUGGAGAAAUACUUGCCAAAGAAGCAAUGGCUGGGUAGACUGCUGGUCAGUUCCAAUUGUAGCCAUAAGUAUAGUGUACAUUUAUCACCCCAUGCCUCCAAUGGGGCCGCCACCUCAAGCAAAUAUAACGACUCCGGAGAAGGAAGAAAUCUUAUUGUCUCCCAUUCGAAUUCCUCACUUACAGAAGCAAAAGAUCAUGCAGCAGUGGCCGAUGGAGGACGGACAAAGGUUUGAUCCGAUGACUUUAGAGCCAGACAAAGUUACUGUCGAAAUUGAAAUUGGCUCGUCACUAUUGCUCCUCUAUGGAUCUGUACUCAGAAAUUUUAUCCAUCUGAAGGAAAAUAUUUUUGGAGAGGACCAAACAUUCACUGACAUGCAAAAAUCUAAAGCUCCAUCAGCAUCCUCAAUGGCAAGUCGAGUUAUUUAUUUAUUUUUUUUUCAAUACUCAAAACUUUUAAAUACAAAGGUUGGUGCGGAUGAUGAUAACGAAAAGCUUUUUGAUCCAAGAGUUUAUCGACCGCUGGACGUCACAGUCUCACUCACUCUCCACGACAUUCAGGCACAUCUAGUCAAGAAUUGUGGAGAAAAGGAUCCACCUUGUCCAGUAGCUUUGAUCGAAAGAAUUGGCUUUGAAAUGAAAAAAGGGUAUCAGGAGACAACCCUGCAACUCCUGGUCUCUCCUGCCUUUCUCCUGUCGUCAGAUUUGGUGCCGAGAAAUGUCAAGGAUGUUCACCUUGGACAGGGGCACCUCAUGCUCUCUGGGUUGCAAGUAAGAGGACAUGCAAUGUUCAGCGACGAAGGAAGGUCAUUAGAUCACGAAACCUUGGAAUAUGCGUGGAUGAUAGAAGUGCAGCUUGGUAGACUGACUGGAAAACUCACAGCUCCACAAUUAUACCACCUUGUUACGAGUUUGGAAACUUUUCUUCUGCUGGCUCUGGAUAGCGAAAAUUGUCUACGACCACCUCGGUUGCCAAGACUGUGCCACCAUGGCAUGCAUCCUCAGCAGUGCCCCCAGUCUGCGGAUAUUGCAACAAACAAUCAAACUCCUAGCCAACUCUCACAGUGCCCAACAAGUGACGAUAUUAAAUACCGCAUGACUCGUCUGGCUAUGGAUGCACUUGAUAUCUUCUUCCUUGAGGCUUCGACAGCUAUCCAUCUAUUGGCAACUCCCAUUCGAUUAUCUACUUGCAACUUGCAUGGAAGUCAAGUUAAGUCAGGAGUAACUGCGCUCCUGCCAGUGGUGCAGAUAAGGCAGUUUAUUUGCAUGCAAGGUAACUAUGGAACAGGAACCAACAGAUCUCAGGGCAGUGGCGUCGGAGGGAGCAAAGAGAGUAGUGAUGCUUGGUUAGAGGUAGGCUCUAUCUCACUUGGGCCUCUUGUUAUCGAAGCAGCAAUGUCUCUGUCAUCUCCAGAGCAGAGCUUACACCUCGUCCAGCACAAAUAUCUUCGAACCCACGACGAACGAACAAGAAAACUUUGGUUUUUGUGGUUAAACGAACAUACAGAAAGUAGCGCAAGCAGACCUGUUGGAAAGUGUGGUUGCAUUGGUGGCUGCAUUUUCUUUGGUCAAAAUGUCAACGGGCCUGGUUUCUUUAAGCCGAAUCGAAACGACUUGAAGGACGGGAUAAAUGUUGCGGCGUACAGAGUGAAUCCAAUUGGUGCAGAUGCAGGAUUUGGACAAAGUAUCUUGCAUGAGCAACAACUUGUUUUCCAUACCCCACCAUACACAUCUUAUGACAUCGUGUCAUUGCAAGAACCCUCGAGCUGGGAUACGAAUAUGACUAGAAACUUCGAACAAGGCCUGAAAGUGCCUUCUAGUUUUAGAAGCAAGCCUGCCUAUGAACGUUCAAGCUCUAUAUCCGAGUCGAAGCCCUCUCCGGCCAAUGUAAGCAUUGACAGCAACCAGUCCGGAAGAUCUCUUGGCAGACGCUUUUCUUAUACACCUACUGGAGUAAAAACAAUCAAGGACGUACCGUACACAAGACUUUUAGACAGCCCAAACAUGCUGCCCAAACUAGACAGUGACUCAAAACUGCACAACACUAAGGCGGCACUGAACGUCCCAGAAACUCCUAAGGCUAGCAGUUCAGACUCAAAAUUGGCUGUUGAAUAUUUUGUUCCUGCUGUUCCACCUUCUGAAUCAAAGCACUCGCUGCUAUCAAAUGAGGCCGAAAUGGCUGAUGCUCUGGAAUUUCAAAGGACUGUAUCCAUCAGUAGUGGGCAGUCUGAAGCAUUUUACUCUGCAGAUGAAGAUUCAUUAACAAUUGGAGGGAGUGUUGUCGAUGGAAAAAAAUUCACAAGUGAAACUCAAAUUGCCGAGACCGCUGCAAAACCUAUUGCUCGGCUGACAAGCUACAGUAGUGAGCAAGAUAUCACUAGUCAAGAGGCUAAGCCUGGGGAACCAAUGCGAUCCAGACUCUCGCCACUGUCAGCCUCUGUGCCACACGAUAUUGUCAGCUCUGUCAGAUAUGAAGAGGCAAUCAAUGAUCCUUUCAAGUUUCCGGAAUUACGAGAAAGACUGGCAAACAAAGAGUCAGUAUUCAUAAGAACAAGUCUGAAUGCUCUUCAAAAGUCUGGCCCACGAAAACUUCAAGACGUAACCGAAGUAGGGGACUCGUCUGAUUCCCAAUCGAUUCAUUCAAACCAGUCGUUUAUCUCCGCCAUGUCAUCACAAGAAGAUUUAACCAUGGUCAAUCUGCACAUGCAAGUUAAUAAACCAAUCAUUGAAUCACCUCUGCUCAUGUCCAGUUACAUCAAUCACCUUUCUCAGGUGAGGUGUCACCGUUGGAAGCAGUCAUCCUUGCCUCUGGGGUGCGAUGCAUACACAACCCCUUUAUUUGAACGCACAGAUGACGGAAAGCUGACUUACAUUGGUGGGAGAUAUGUGCCAAAAUUUGAGAUGAUCACUGAAGGCUUCACUACGUUAAAAAUGCUCAGUCGGGCACACGAACAUGCACUUUCAACACCCCCUCCAUCUUCAUCAAAGACUCCAACUCAUCCGUACCUGUGGGACAACGCCUCAUUCUUGCAAUCAGCUGACACCUCUGGGGAAAUUGAAGAGGAGCUCUUGAGCUUCCACAAUGAUCAUGGCACAAGGACCAGCAUCAUAGUCAAGUCAAGGGGUGACAUUGACAUCAUGAUCAGUCCCCUAGUGUUAGAAUCAUUGCAAAGAUUUAUUGAUUCGAUCACUCCAACUUUUGCUGCUCUGCAUCCUCUGACAGUUUUGAAUGAUUUGCACUGGAAUUGCAUUAGUAGAGUCGAGGCAGCAAACAUAUUGAAAAAAGAGCAGUCGAGCUACCUAUCACAGCUGCAAACUAGUAAAAGAGGAACUGCUGAAAGAAAUGCUGUUGGCAUGCCAGGACCUCAUGUAGCAUUGCAAUCAAACGUUUACGAGGAAAGCAUUCACACUCAAACACAGGGAACAAUUAUCUUACCAAAGGUAAAUGUCACACUACUUCAAGCGUCGAUUGUAGAAGAAAUUAUUUCAUUCUCCGCUUUGGACAACAUCAGAGACCUGACCUGCGUUUCAUUGUUUGCUGUGUGCCUUGAGUCGGUUUCUGCUCAAUUCUACUCCGGGCGUCAAGCAAAAGAAGUGGUACAGACUUUUCAUAGACCGGUUGUUGCUCCUAGUGGAGGAAAGAAGAUCUCCAAGUUAUACAAGGUGUGGCGCGGAGGAACGUCUCCAACUGACCCCUCUCAAGGAGAACUGGUGCACAUCGAAACUUCUGAAAAGCAACAAGAAGAACUUAUUGUAAAUGUCAGCGUGGGCAAGACUCACACGCAACUGAGAAGACUCAAAAAUGAAUGUUCAAUUUUAAAGGAUGCCAAUAUUACUGCCAUUUCUCAGCACCAAUCUAAAGUCAUGUUCAAUUGUGUCCGCCUCUCGCCCUCUUUGAAAACGGACCAUUCAAGCGCAGUAAAGAAGAAACCAGAGGUUGAGGAUUCAACAGACAGCGAAGAUAAACUUGGCUUCAUUAUGUUCGAAUGUGGAUUUGAAGGUGUUUCACUGAAAAUUGUGAAGAAGUCUCAUUUUGAAAGAAGUGAGAAUUCUGAAAAAGAGGAGAAUAUGCCUGCCAGCGAUCCAAACUACAACGAAAGUGUAAAAUCAAAGGACGACUUUGACGAAAAGGCUCAGAAUGCUGAGGAAGAUGCCAAAGAUAAUGACCAGGAAGACUCUGCUCAAACCAAACCAGGGCCAACGUCUGACAAGACUGAAGAGAAUAAACUAGAAGUUUGCAACAAAGACCUGGCUAACACCUCAUCUUGCGUUUUAGAACUGAAAACUGUCUGGUUCAACUUUGCUGCUCCUCCUCGAGCUCCGAUCACCAGGAAAAUUGAUUACACCCGGCUGGAUUGGAAUCUUCUGUCCACUGCCUCUCCUGGAAUUGAUGCCUGGAUGAAUCCAUCAAACAGGUUUGCCAUCAAGGCCGUUUGCAUGCUACGCACCAUGUACCGAAGAUCAACAGGCAUAGUUGCCUCGCUAAUGGCUGAAGCACUUGAAAUCCAGAGCAUCCACAUGCCGAUCAAGAGCAGGUACAGUCGAGUAACCCCAAUGGCCAAAACUCUGCAAGAAGAUCCUUCCUGUCAGUUGUGUAACGUUCUACUAAAGUACGUGCUGCAGACAGAAAUGAUCAUCAUUGAGAAUAACCUUCGAGAAAGCGACCUGCCUUUGCUUUCGACCCUUCGGCAGGGCGUGAUCGUCCUCAGCCGACAGUGGAAGAACGUCCUAUACACGCCUUUGCUGCUUGAGCACAACUACAAAAUGCGGAAUGUGAAACCAUUGAAUGUGACUUUCGCUGUCCAGGACACUGAUGAAGAGAACAUUUUGACCGACGAGAACUCCGGUGAGGAUGGUGAGGUCACAGAUGAAUGUACUUUGCUGUUGAAAAGCCCAGAAAAAGUUUCAAAGUCGGACACUGAGCAACCUGACACAGAGAACAUCUUCCACUCGCCUGCUUCACCACCACCAAAGAAGAAUCUUCCGCCUUCGCAGCCUCCGUGUUCAUCACGAGCUAGUAUCGUCUUUCCUAUUAACAGCGCCUUCACCAGCAAAAGGUUUGAAAAUUCAGCAGCUCUAUUCCAAAAAGGUUCAGAUCAAACACUUUGCUCUGAAAAAGAUGGUCUUCAAGCGAAUAGUUCCUCAAACAACAGCUUGGAUGGAACUGUUACUUUGACAAGCCCAAAAAGUCUGCUUCAAAGUGAAAAUGACGACCUUUACUCAUGGAUGGCCAAGCAACAAGACUACACAAAGGCUGCUGAGCAGAGAAACCGAAUAAGAAGAAAUUUAGAGUCAAAAGUCACCACACUCUCAACGGAAGACACUGUUCACACAAUUGAGACUGGCCAUGCAAAUCCUGCAUAUAAUCUGUAUCCAAUGAGCAAUUCUCUUCACCUUUUGGAUGCUCAUUUGAUUUUUGAACCACUCUUGUCCUGCCUAGGAGUAAUGCCAGAACAAAUAUCAGGAACAAAUUACGAGAAAUUGGGGACAAACAUUUCUCUUGUAGGUGCCAUGGACAUGAUGCGAAUUGACAUUGUUGUCAGCGAGUAUGGCAAAACUGAUAAGAAGAAGAAGGGUAAAACAAGCGCCAAAUCGUCUAGCAAGUUCCAUCUGGACAUUCCUCCUGAGACACCUGCAUUCUUGUGUGAAAAAAUUGGUAUUGAGGUGGACGUUAAGAAAAUGGCAGACAUGACGGUGGAUGACAUGAUUCACAAGCAGAAUGUUUUGUACAUUUCUAGAGGACAAUUAAAGAAACACACAAGCACUGUGGUAAACUUCAGUCUCACAAUCAGAUACAUCUCACAACAAGUUAACAUGCCUCUUCUGCGGCUGCUGCAUCAAAUCUCCAACAUGUACCAAAACUUCAAAGAAACUCAAAUGGAGCUCAAGGAACAGCAACCUGAGUUAUCCAAGGACAAAAAGAAUGGAUCCAGUUCUGCAUCAGAACAGCAAGAAACAAAUCUGGACCACGUCAAGUCAAAAUCUAGGCAGAGUUUGCUACAGCGAACCUUGAGCCGUACUUCUCUGAGAUCUCGAAAAGGUUCUAUUGAAGGCGGCAGAGACAAAAGCAUGCCUCGUUCGCAGAGCAGAGGAAUCUCUCCAUCUGCUUCCAUGAGAAACAGGCCACAAAGUUUUGCUCAAAAACUAAGAUCCACUGGUAAAAGCGUCAGAGGCUACAUGAAUUUGAGUGAAGGAAUCUCGCCCCUAUUUGGGAAUAGUCCUUCUGGAUCUGGAGUUGAGCAUGGGACAAUUUCGUCUGACAAGAGCAAGGAUUUGAGUGUUCCGCAGUGCUGGAAAAUAGUCUAUGGCUUGUUAGACUUGUACGCCACUAUGCCAGAAACCAAAACCAUCACUCACCGAUUCUCGAUGGCACCUGAAACUUCAGCAUUUUAUAAAGCUAGUGCUCGAAAAUAUGAGGUUAUCCCUGAGUCAAAAGAGGAUGUUGAAAAAGGUAUUAACGACUCCACCGCCAGUGCAGCGCCGACAACUCCUAAAAUUCCAGAUGUCAAACACAAGGAACUAAAUGUGCUCACUGGUGAACGAACACGUCUUGUCGUAUUCGGAGUUGCUCGCAUCCACCGCACAAGACUUCUUGCCACAUUGAGUGGUCUAAAACUUGAAGCGGAAAUUACAAGUCUCCACUCCAGUCUCACAUGCAGAAAGAAGAGUCGACCUGCAAGCCUCGAGUGCUCUAUUGCUGGCCAAGUUGGCCGCACGAUGAUUGUUCUUCUCGAAGGCGUUGCUCCAAAUCAACAGACUGUUGUCAAAGUGACAGUUGGGAAGUCACAGACCUUGUAUUCGAGCAUCUCCAAGCGCCUUAGGGAUAAAAACUCUGGUCUGCUGACAGUGGGUGCCAUAAACGUUGAUAUCCCACAGCAUCCAGUGGCUCUUCAUGGAAUGAUGACCAGAGGAAGCAAGCAAUUGUCAUCAACACUUCAAGAAUUACGUGUCUCUAGAAUGAGCAGAUUGAACAGAGGAUUGACUGUUGAUGAGAUCGACUUUGUUCCUCCUCUGUUUACUCGUGUCAGCCGAGAAAAUUUAGCUCCAUUCAAGAAAGCAGAGUCUACAAUUAUACAGCCACUGGUCAUUCAAUUUACUGUUGUCCUGCAAAGUCUGAGCAUAACAGCUGCUCUACUUCCAUCACUGCAGGCCCAAUACAAGAUGGACCAAGUGCAGAGUACUGGUGUCACCGGCUCAAAAGCCAAAUUCACCAUAGACCUUCCAAAGCACUCGCUAAGCUUCACGACAAAAUUGCAAACUGCAGAGGCCAACUUGCCGACAGCUGCUUGCAUUGAGCUGCCAAAAGUCCACGUCUCAGCUGAAUACAUUUUAGAAGGCAGCAGCACUGACAAAUCUUACUUUGCUGAUGGGGUUGUUCUGCACAAAGGGGGCUACUUGAAUGCCAGCGCGGACAUUGGAGUCUUCGAGCACUCCCUCACAACAGACUUACUGAACCAUCUUGUCUUUGUCCAAAAAGUUUUCAUGAAAGAAGUCAAUGAGGUUCUUCAGAAGGUUUACGGUGGCGAAAAACUUGCUCCUCUUUGGCUUGACGACAAUGAAGAAACUCAGCCAAGCAACCUAAAGCGCCUCCUAUUCUCCCUCAUUGUCCGUUUGAAGAGAAUCCAGCUGACUGCAACUACACCAACAAACUCGGCUGUAAGACUAGAGACGGGAGCUGUCGAGUUUCAACUUUCCAACAGAGUUUUAAAUGUUUCUACCAGUAAAGAGGCAAGUCCGAGCACCAAGCUCUUUUUCAAAGCACAAGUGGACAUCAAUCUUUCUCUGGGGCAGUUGCUCAAAAACAUAGUUUUCGAAGAAGCUGAGCCAGAAUUUCAGCAGUUUGCCUUCUUCAAAACAAAAAUCUUCCUCAGAAACGCUUUCCAGGACGAGACUGGGCAAGGUGAAAUGGUUGACAAAGAGGUUGUGCUCAUCAAACUGCAGCGCCCCUUGAUCUACAUCCAGCCAAUGGCCGUCGACAAAGCAAUUUUGGUCUGGCUGAAUUACAAAAACGCUUAUGAAUAUUGGGACGAGCAAAGGAGCAAUCUGCAGAAAGAAGUGCUCACGGCAACACAGCAGGUCUUUGAAAAAGUGCCGUUCUCGCAGAUCAGCUCGCCCAAUCUUGGCACUUUGUUCCUUCAGCUGACGGUUCAUGAUAUGGGAAUCUGCUUGCCACUAAAUCCGCUGCCUCCUGUCUACAGCACCACAAGGACAUAUGACGAGAGUAGAGGUGCCGUCGUUGUUACGUUGGACUCGACUAGUAUUAGCGCCUGCAGCUCAGGCUCUUUGGUCAGCAAAGGAAAGUUUGUUGGUCUUUGCCUGCGAUUUGCUGAAGAUUUUGAGACCAGUUUGGAUGAGUGGAGGCCUGACAUGAGCGACGGCUCCAUCAUGAAUUUGUGUGUUGUUUCGGAGGGAACUUACGAGGUUUGCAGUAGAACGAUUGCACAGAAAACAGGAUCAGUCCAUGAUAACGCCAAGUGGUUUUUGAAUGUCCAGUGGCAAAUGGAAGGUGUUGAUAUCCACUUGGACGUAAAUGUUGGAAAGCAGCUCUCCGCACUUGGUCACACUUUGACUACAUUGACUGGAUAUGAAGAUGAUGAGACAGUCAACUUGGACUCUGACAGUGAUGAAGGAGACCAAGUUGACGGGAGCAAAGCCUCACAAGAGAGUAUGUAUGGUCGGAGAAUGACGGACAAUUUACCGAGCUUCUUCUUUGAUCCUAACAUAGAUGUUAAGACUCGCUCAAAAUUAAUUGAAAGAGAAAUGAGUGAACAGACCAAAAUUAUUAAUGAUCUGCGCACCUUGGGCGCCUCUCAAGCCACAGUCGAACAAGAAUUACGGAAGCUGCAAGAGCUAGAAGCAGCUGCUUACAAAGACUUCAGACUGAACAUGAUGCAAAAGUUGCGCAGGCAGAGUGUGAAGGCUUCAUCCAUUAAGGGCAAAUUUGGUCUCGGCUCCAAGAGCAGCGCUUUAAAAACAAGAUCUCUAAUCAUCCCUUCCCCUAUGCUUGAAAGCCAGACAGAAACUCCAAGUGAUGAUUUAGGAACCAACGCCAGCUUUGAGAGCAGCCCACAGUCGGGACCAUCUCGAUCAGCCUCCAUUAAAACCAAAGAAGGGGUUGGACCGAGGGUCACAUUCUCUCCUGACACGCACAACAUUUAUGGCUCAAGGCAGAGUUCCUUGCCAAGUAUGGAGUCUGACUUGAGCCUGCCGGAAUAUGACAUUGAUCCAGAUGUUGAGUUACGGAGAAAACCAUCGCCAUCAAAGUUUGACCUUCGUGAUGGUCCAUAUUAUUUGGAGCCUGGCACCAGUAAAGAUGGUGGUUUAAGUCCAAUGUCAGGGCACUCUGGAUUCCAAAAACCUCAGGAGCCAAACAUCGACUUUGAACUGGAUGUCAAGGUUCUCAUUAAGAGUGGAAAAUGUGUCUUGCACACCAAAGACCCAUCAAGAGAGGAUGAAAUAAAGCUUACCAAAAUGAAAAAGGAAAGAAGCUCAUCUGGUGCCACUCUUGAAUACCCUGCAAGUCCAAAUACAAGUCGAAAGAACAAGGAGCUCAAACACAAUCAAAGCAGCAGCAGACUUAAAUUCCUCACUAGCAAUGUCACUUCUCUGGUUGAUCUCACAAUAUUCCACGUCCCAGGCCUAGAUGUUAAGGUACAUUAUGAAUCAAGAAACAUGAAUGAAGACAUUCCAUACCUUCAAAGGGAGAGCAUUCAGUUUAGAAAACCAAGCGUGAAAAAGGCUAGUCUCUUUGCGUGGAUGACACUUCAAAGCAUCCCAGAAGAAACAAUAAUCUCACCUCACAUUCUUGAGUUUUUGGAACAAACCUUGGAACCAAUUCCUUCUGCUAUUCCGCAGCCAAAGACGAACACAAGCAACACGAUGUUUGCAAUGGAUCUCGACACAAACAUGACGAGCACUGUUACAAAUUAUGCCUACACCUCAUUCCCAGUAGAUGUGAUUGUGUACUUCCACAUGCAGCCCUCUUCGUUCAGAUUCUCUUGUUUGCCUGUGUCCAGAGUAGAGUGCAUGCUGAAAUUGCCAUCUCUGGAUAUUGUUUUCUCGUCAAAAAGAGCUGAGGGAGAACAUGCUGAGUUUGUGGAUGAGAUUUCAAGACCAGCACCUGCGCCUGGCAGCGUUUCAGGUUACAGAGGAUCCCUUACAGAGGCAAUGAAAUUUGACAGCUCAGCUGCAACAGCGGCUGUUGGAGGCUUGAGCGUCACAGGCUGUCUUGCUGAUUUCUCUGUUUACAUCUUCCAUCCUUAUGGAGGAAAGAAGACAGGUUUAAAAGAGGCGCAGUGGUCGCCACUUGCUGAUAGUGAGAGGAAAGACUCGUUAAGUAUCAACGUUGAAUUUGUCAAAUUCCAUCUCUCCCGCAGCCGGAAGCUGAACUUCAGCGCACCCAUGCCUGAUCCAGGCAUAAAAGCCACACUUGGCUCUACCAAACUUGGAGACCAUAGCCAGGCAGUCAUACGAUUCUCAACCAUCGUCGACAUUGGUUCUGCCUCGUUCAAAUACGACAUGCGACGCCUGACAGAAAUUCUUGCAUUUCCAAAAGCGUGGUACCGGCGAUCAAUAGUUCGGCGCCUUUUCCUUGGAGAUUUGAGUAUGAGCGCCAUGUACAAUGAAGGAGAUGACAGCCCCCCUUCAAGUUUUGAUGAAGAAGCUCCAUCUGGACUGAAAACGACUCCUAAUUUUGAAGCUGGGGCUUCACGAUCAGCCCCUGUUGAACAAAGCCCUCUGCUAAUGAGAGAAAAACUUCGUCUGAGCUUGGAAUCUGAAAUCCCCAAGAACUUCCGGUUGCAUGCUGCAGGAGAACAACCAACUCCGAGCUCAUCUUCAACCAGUCCAUCCGAUUUGAAGGGAGGAUCGGCGUGGGAGACGCUAGUCUUGUUUGCAGUCAAUUUUACCAAACUGAAUGUGCACAUGAACAUGGGCAAUGUUAUGGGAAAUGUCACUUGGCAGACAAAGGACUUCAAAUCUGAAGGCCGUUUGUCCAUCGGAAGUAAUGGGCAUAAAAAUAUGUACAUAGGUGUUGGUCUCGGAGGGUCGAGUCUUGAUGCAAAGGGAGGCAUUGUUGGCGGCACCAUCGAGCUCAGCAAAAUCGAUACAUUUAUGCACAUACGAGAGGACCCCGGUAUUGAGCCAGACCAUAAAUUCGGAUUGAAACUUUUUGCCCUUGAACUGCGACUUGAUUACAUGGGCACAGGGGUCUUGAUGUCUCGAGUCAGCAGUUUGGAUGUGUCUCUAAGAGCUGAAUGGAAAAUUCACCAUCAAUUGGCGUCUUCUUCUCAAGACGUCCCAACUAGAAGGCCGGCAACAAUUUUCAUGCACGGUGACUUGGGCUGGGACCAACUACAGCUCAUGAUUUCAAGAUCAACCACUGCCGACUUGCUCAAGAUGUUCUACAAAUUGGAAGAGUUUUUCUCACAGCAGUUUAAGAGCAGCAAACGAGUAUUUUCCAGUUUACAGCCAACCACCAAGAAACCAAGUUUGAGGAAGAAAUCUCAAAUCAAGAAAAAAUCCACUGGCUCAAGUAGCGGAGACCCAGGCAUUACGUUGGAUGCUCGCCACCACAGGCAUUGGCACCGACCACUCUCUGCAAUCGCAGGUCUCCGCUUGAACACCCUGCCUAACCCACUUCCUGUGUCUGGAUCGGUUUUGGGUGGCACAAUGGAGCUGCAUGGCAACAACAUCUCACUUGCCUGCUUCCACGGCAUCAACUUUAAAUCAAAAUCGUGGGCAUUGUUCAGCCUGCGAGAGCCGUGCAUUUCGUUUGCCACAGAAGCGCAGGAAGUUCCUCCAGCAAAUGUUUGUGAGGCGAUGGACGUCCACGUUGUUCAGUCUCUGACUUUCAGUCUCGGCAUGGUUGGUCUCGCUCCUGCCCAUGCUCAGCACCUCAGCAUGGCCACAAUUUGCAGAAUGAGUCGAAAUUCCCUGUUCCCUCCGCAGUUCAGAACGUUGCAAGAGUGGUUCAACUUUGCUUUUGCUCAAUCUGAGCUUGAUGAUGUUGACCGGUUUCCGAGCUUGGAAAGAGAACGAACGGAGAGUUCUGAAAGGAGGUCUACGAAAAGCCAAGAGAUAAAUCACAACAAGGAAGUUAUUUUCUCUCUGCCGUCAAUGCAGCUGCAUUUAAAAACAGAACACCUACAAACUGCUAGGACACCAGAAGUGCCAGGAGGAGAUAAACCAGAAGUGAUCUGCAGUUUUAUAACUGAAUUUGAAGACCACAUUUUUGUGACUGUGGACGCUGAAGCGUUUUUCUUCCUGCACGAUCUCAUCACAUCUUACCUCAAGGAAAAAGACAGAGUGGUUACUUCUACUCAAAUAAUACAAAGGGCGCACAGUCCUGAUGGUGACCGUCGAAGAGCUGACUCUAGUCGAAAGACGUUUGAUCCAGCUGAGAUGUUCUUGAAGGACUGGAGAUCUUUUAACUGCAAAACAUGGCAUUUGGAGCCCACUGUCAGACUUUUGUCCUGGGCUGGCAAGAGCAUUGAGCCGUACGGCGUCGAUUACAUCCUACAAAAGCUUGGCUUCACCCACGCCCGAACAACAAUCCCCAAGUGGAUGCAGCGAGGCUUCCAAGACCCGCUGGAUAAAGUGUUGUCGCUGCUCAUGCUCCGGAUGAUUGGUCUCGUCAAGGACGAAUCUGUCCCUGCCAUCAAAGGGAGAGAGGCAGCCUCAAAAAAGGAGUAAAAAAAUAAUUUAUGAGCUGCGCUUCUGAUAAUACUACGUCAAGAUAAUCUUAUAAUAUAUCAUUGGAAACGCUUAUUCCAUUUUAAUCAUGCCAUAAUUUAUUUAACUAUUUUAAGUCAAUAUUGAGAAUUUGCAUAUGAAUUGGGUGAAUAAAUUAUAACAAAGAGUUGAAUUUACAUGUGAUUUAUUUGCAUAAGACAGAAUGUGAUUGUAAUAAUUAUAUAGCUCGUGGUUGAAGUAAUAAAAAUUUUAAUCAUACAUUG